CCCCGGCCAUGCCGCCCGUCAAGGCCAGCGGCAAGGAGUCCUUGGUGCUGCAGUGCGAGUGGGAGGUGUGCACCUACGUGGCCUCGAAGAUGGAAGAGUUUUGCGAGCACGUGGCCCAGCACCUGCAGCAGCACCUUCCCGGGGAGCACCGGGACGAGAUGGACCCUCUCGAGGAAUACACGUGUUUGUGGCGGGUUGGUUUCUGUUCCCCAGAGAGCUCAGCUGACCUCAUUCGCCACGUCUAUUUCCACUGCUACCACACCAAGCUGAAGCAGUGGGGACUACGGGCCCUGCAGAACCAGUCAGAUGUAAGCCAUUGCCAGCUGGACUUCCAGAGCCGCAAUAUCAUUCCUGAGAUCCAGGAGAACUUUCUGUGUCUGUGGGAGUACUGUGAGAGAUCAUUUGAUAAUCCCGAGUGGUUCUAUCGGCACGUGGAGGAUCACAGCUUCUGUUCGGAGUACAAAGCGGCAGGGAAGGAGAACCACGUGGUCCUCUGUGGCUGGAAAGACUGCGAUUGCACCUUCAAGGGGCGCUGCAAACUGCGGGAGCACUUGCGCAGCCACACGCAGGAGAAGGUGGUGGCCUGUCCUACCUGUGGGGGGAUGUUCGCCAACAACACCAAGUUCUUUGACCAUAUCCGCCGUCAGACUGCGCUGGACCAGCAGAGGUUUCAGUGUUCUCACUGCUCCAAGAGGUUUGCCACAGAGAGGCUGCUCCGUGACCAUAUAAGGAACCAUGUGAACCAUUACAAGUGCCCUCUGUGUGACAUGACCUGCCCACUGCCCUCCUCCCUGCGCAAUCACAUUCGUUUUCGGCACAGUGAGGAGCGGCCGUUCAAGUGUGACUACUGUGACUACAGCUGCAAGAAUCUUAUUGACUUGAGGAAACAUCUGGACACACACAGCAAAGAGCCAGCCUAUCACUGCGAGUUUGAGGCUUGCAGCUUCACUGCACGUUCCCUCUGCUCCAUCAAACUGCACUACCGGAAAAUCCAUGAGGGUGACUCAGAGCCCCGGUACAAGUGCCAUGUCUGUGACAAGUGCUUCACACGUGGAAACAACCUCACUGUUCACCUCAGGAAGAAACACCAGUUCAAAUGGCCCUCGGGGCAUCCUCGCUUCAGGUACAAGGAACAUGAGGAUGGCUACAUGAGGCUGCAGCUGGUGCGUUACGAGAGCGUGGAACUGACAGAACAGCUACUGAAGGACAGAGAGAAGCGGGGGGAGGCACUGGAUGGCUCAGCUGAGUGUGUGGUGCUGUCUGAGGGUGAGGGCAACCUGCAGGGCAUCAUUCUGGAGGCCCCAGCAGAGGCUCCACUAGUGGAGAACAGUAUUGCUGAGCUGCAGGUGGCCCCGCUGCGCCUAGCAGCUUGCUCUGCUGACAACCAUGAGCCAGCACGGCCGAGUGCCUUCCCAGGAGCAGCGCUGUCAUCGGAGCAAGAACCCGGCACCCUGGCCAACCCCAUCAUCCGUGUGGUGAACCGGACCAAUGAGCAUGGGGAGAGUGAGACUGUGUAUUAUGUCAUGGCCAGCACAUCCUCAGAGGAGCAGCUGGCAGCACCUGGUGGGCUCACUAUGGAGCUGGAGGAGAAUGUCAUGGACCGUCUGCAGAAGACGGCUGAGGAGCUGGGCAUCCAGAUCGUGUGAGGUGCUCACCUGCCUCUCUGCAUGUGGAAAACUUGGGCCUCCAUGGGAUGUGCUGGUGGGGGAGGUUGGGAAGUGCUUGGGGGAGAGG